GGAUUUUAGCCAAUGAGUAUUGUUACAUAAUGGCAUUUGAUUUGAAGCUUUAGCUUUACGAUAAUUUGCCAGUUUCGCACCAUCCUGUUCAUGUUAGCUUAGAACAUAUACGCGUUCUUCCUCCAAGCUCCAUAUCAUCGAUGAUUGUGAUAAGAUCACCGAGCGAAGUGUCUAGAUUUGACUUCCAAUGAAACCCCUGUUGGACAACACCUUAAGGUUGAGUCUACAGGUCUGGUUACAACCUGUUAACCAUUUAACUACUCAGAUUUUGGCCACGAGGCAGGGCAAAAUGUCCCUCAAAUAAUCAAAUAAGUGACACAGCAAGGGAAGAUACCAUGGAAACAUCGGGUGCUUCAUUCGGAACGCCAUCCACCCAAAAGGCAUCCAUUUCAGUGCCCAGAUCAUCCUCAAGCACUUCCUGUUCUAGUGAAUGCACCGUGGUUCUAGAUCCGGGAACUGAAAGUGAUGACUAUUCGGUAUGCUCGGAGUGCUAUCGAGGCUUUGAGGAUCCCAUGGCCUCAGAUUUCAAUACUCUGAGGCGGCAAUACUUCCAAAACUUGGAAUCCAAUCGAAUCCCACCGUCUACCUCGGAGCCUCCAGCCUAUGAAGUGCCACAAGCGUGGUCCAUGACCAGUCGGGCAGUGCCUUGGCUUCCACUGGGUUGGAAUAGAUCCCCAAUGGGUCAAUGGAGUUGGGGAUCGAAACGUUGUUGGUCCAUCUCGUCGGCGUCUUGUGUUAUGAUUGUUGGAAUUCUGGGCGUGGCUAUUACUGUAGCAUUGUGCGUGGCUUAUGGGAUCAUUCAAGUGCCGUCGAUCAGAGAGCAGUUGGCGCUGUAUCCCUAUGUGAGUUUCUUCCUACCUGAGCCGGGUUCUCCGUCUUAUAAUAUCGGAGGCUUUAGCCCUGAUGAGAUUCUCUAUAAAGUGGAAUUGGCCUUGGUCAUCACGGCCUUGAUUAUCAGCCUGAUUACACACUCCUUAUUAACUUACGGAGCUUGUCGAGAAAAGGCCAGUUGUCUGAUGCCAUGGAUGGUGGUUCAAGUGUUCUUUAUGAUUGGUCUUCUUGUUGCUGCUUUCCUGAUCAUCCUAUUGGUCAAGCCAAACGUCUUCAAAUGGUUUUCGUUAAUCCCUUUGGCAUGUUGGAUCAUCGCCAUUGUCACGUGGAAGAUGGUCUUGGAUCACAUUCAACUCAUUCGGAAACGGCGAUCAUGUAACUACAUCAAUCCUCCCUUAAUGAGCUCUCCGAUGUUCUCAUCUGGAAUGGGAUUGAGUCCCCCACCAAUGAUCCCAAGUCAAAGUACGUUCAACCCACAAGGACUCAUUUGCGAUUCGCGUCACCUUUAUCCAAUGUCGAUGGAGCUUGAUAAUGGGAAUGGCUCCGACAGGACGCGUAGCUACCGAUCCUAUUCAAAGUUUGAUGGAUUCACCUUAUGACCUGGCUGUACGUAGAUCCAAGUCAAUAGUAAUUGAUGAUAAUAUUCAAUGGUUGGAUAAUAAACGAAAACGAAAAUGA